AUGGCAAGUUGGAUUCGUGUGAGAAGUGAUUAUAUUGCUCAACAAGCUGCAGCGGUAGAGGAAAAUCUCAUUCCAAUACGGCUUGACUUGGAGCUCGGCAACGACUACCGUCUCAAAGAUGUCUUUCUAUGGAAUUUGAAUGAAGAGCUCAUUACACCCACAGAGUUUGCCGUCAACCUCGUCACGGAUUUGCAAUUGUCUCAGGGAUACGUCAAUGAAAUCGCCAGGGAGAUUCGCAAGCAACUCGAGGAGUACGCGCCUGUUGCCAACCUUGCCGUGCCAGGCCAGGAAGCGCCUGUGAUUGUUGAAUUGGAAGUGCAUCUAUCGCGUCACCUCAUCACAGACAAAUUUGAGUGGGAUUUACAAAGUACAGCGGCGGUGGAAGCUUUUACGCGUCAAACAUGCCAGGAUCUUGGCCUGUUUGGUGAAUUCAAUGUCGCCAUGUCCUGUGCCAUUCGCGAACAACUCAUGAAACUCAAAAAGGAACUCGUUGAGAGUCCACCGGGUCGCACGGCAGAGGGUCAUGUUGAGAUUGAGAAUGAGUGUGCCUUUGACAGACCGAUGGGAUUGCGCGUGAGUCCUGAUACCCUGGGUCUUGACUGGGUUCCUAAAAUUGAGAUUUUAUCGCGCGAGGAGAUUGAGAAGCGCGAUGGCGAGCGUGAUCGGGUGGUGCGUCGCUUACGUCGCGAGACGGCCAAGUUUGGCAGAUCAACGGGUCAUAUCCCAGCAACCACAAUGCAACUCACUGCAACAGGACGUAAGCGUGCGCGAACACAAUUCGAUGAUUUGACGGAAGCCAUGCCGGAGCAUGAACGGGGUCGUUGGCGGUGUGCGUGGUGUCGUGUCUCUGGACAGGAUACGUGGGAGAUUGGCGGUGCAAAGAAGGAGUAUUGUCGGUUCUGCAUGCCAAGUGCUGUUCCUGCUGCAACGAAUGGGACGUCUAACGAGACCAUCUCGAUGACUGCACCGCAGCAGGUUCCAGGUAUUGCAGAUGGUAAAGGAUGGCGACGUGGCUUGUACAGUUCUCGCAACCCCCUCAACACGCCUGUUGUUCAGGCUUCUUAUAUUGGCGCACGGUAA